AGGCUGUGAUAUUCAGCAGACCAGACAGUGGGCCCGCGGCGAGCCAGACGGACUACGUCUCUGGAUCUGGAUCUAAUGACCGUGGAGAGAAAGGGGAGAUGCAGAUGCGGUCUCCCGAUGCGGACGCCCGCCUUCAGUCUCGACUAAAGCCACUUUAGAUUAAAAACCACAACGGCGCAGAGGAUCCAUGGGCAGAUCCUGUGCAAAAUGGUCAGCCUGUGAUGCUCGCGGGUGAGGAGAGCAGCUGAGGAGGAGAUGGGAUGCACCUCGGCCAAACAGGUGUCGGCCGUGCCCAGUGGCGAGGAGGGCCGGAGUAAAGCCUACAGCAACGGGGACCUUUUCUCUGACGAGUACAAGAUGAAGGGAGUAGAGAAAGUGAAGUACAUCGGUGGAGAGGAGGGAGGAGGGGACAACCAGGACAGUACAGAGAAAAGUGCCCUACUUGGCAAAGGACAGCAUAUAGAUGACACAGGGCCCAAUGGGAAUGGAAAGAUACUUAGUAUCCACUCCUCAGAGAGUCAGCAGGAAUUUUUCAGAAUGUUGGAUGAGAAGAUUGAGAAGGGGCAGGACUAUUGCUCAGAGGAGGAAGAUCUGACAUAA